UUUUGUUUCGUGAUUUCACCAAUCUCUCUCCGUAAAAAACAUAGAUCCCGUUAACCCUCUAUCUCUUCUCCAUACCCACCUUCAACCUCUCGUGCAAAAACCUAGAACCACCCUCUCUGCCGUGACCUCCGCAUGUCCAACACCCUCGACUAAACCCCCUCCGCCGACUCGACUAAAUCAAUCACUCUCGCUCCUCAGUUUCUGUGUAUCGCCACUCUAUGUUCCUCUUCAUCGUCCAUCUUUUUCAAUGGCUGAUCUGGAUGCUCCUCAGAUUAAGUCGAGGAUAGUGAAGAGACUUAGAAUACCAGAUGAAAAGAUAAUUCUGAUGCUGGCUGAUGAUAUGGCUGUAAUGAAUAUCCUUUUAAAUCACAAACUAACCGGUACGGAGAAAACGUUGAGAUUUUGCGUUGUAAUAGUGAAGUAUCACUUCAAGAAACAGGUAUAUGUCCCGUCUUCUUUGAAAGAGUCUCUCAAGUCAUUAAACAAAUAUUCCCACUUCAAUGAGUGUGUUGCAACUUCAUAUCCUCAGGUGGAAGAAUAGAAGUUGCAAACCACAAUUAGUAUGUUGGUUUGAUUCAAGUCGGUUUGAUUUAAGUGACAAUUAGAUCCGCGUCUUUUGUAAGUGGGUCUCGGGUCGGAUUUUUUUAUUUGGACAUAGACCGAGUCAUGUAAACUGAGUUAACUCAGUUGACUCGCCUGUUUUGUCCUUGCAUAUAACUGUUACCAAACACAUUACAUAAUGGUAUUUGUCGUAAAUACAUUGUUUUUAGAGUAUUUCAAAAAACGGUUUCUCAAAUAAUAUUAUAGAGAUAAACAUCUCGCACAAUUGAACAAUACAUAAACAU